CCUAGCGGGACUAGUGGCUAGGUAAGCUACUGCGUACUAAGAAAGCUAUCACCGACUUCAAAUAUCCCUGGCUAAUCCUUUAGCCCUUUACAGCCCCUUGGAAAAGAACACAAUAACCUGUACACCUGAAAUAGACACACACAAGAAACAACGCCGCGUUUUUUCUCAGACAUAUUUUCCUGUCGUUUUUCGAUAGAAUUCCAACCUUCCCUUCGCAGAGGAUGAGGCUGCCGACCAGAAGGCAGUGUCCUAUGGAAGGAGAUGGGAAGAAGGAGCAGGCUCCUCCAUUUAGGAACCCUUUUGUGCACGAAUUGAGAUUCACCCCCCUGGAGAAGGCAAAGAUCGCCCUCAUGACAGUGACCCUGUUCCCUGUCCGUCUGUUCCUGGCUGCGUUCAUGAUGCUGCUAGCGUGGCCCUUCGCCUUUGUGGCAUCCAUGGGACGCUCCGAGACCGCCGUGGAGCCCCAGUGUCUGUGGAGGAGACUGGUGGAUGUAGCUCUGAAGACCAUCAUGCGGGUCAUGUGGUUUACCGGAGGCUUCCACUGGAUGUCCGUGAAGGGUCGCCAGGCGUUGCCGGCGGAGGCGCCCAUCCUCACCCUCGCCCCCCACUCCUCCUACUUCGACGCCAUUCCCGUCACCAUGUCCAUGGCGUCCAUCGUGAUGAAGGCUGAGAGCAAAGACAUCCCUCUGUGGGGCACGCUGAUUAAGUACAUCAGGCCCGUGUUCGUGUCGCGCUCCGACCAGAACUCCAGGAAGAAGACCGUGGAGGAGAUUAAGCGCAGGGCACACUCCGGGGGGGAGUGGCCUCAGAUCAUGAUUUUCCCAGAGGGAACAUGCACUAACAGAUCCUGCUUAAUCACAUUCAAGCCAGGAGCCUUCAUUCCUGCUGUGCCAGUGCAGCCUGUUGUGAUUCGCUACCCAAACCCAAUGGACAGCAUCACGUGGACUUGGCAGGGUCCUGGAGCGUUUAAAAUCCUGUGGCUAACGCUGUGCCAGUUGCACAACGAGUUUGAGAUUGAGUUUCUCCCCAUCUACACGCCUUCUGAGGAGGAGAAGAGGAACCCAGCUCUGUUUGCUAACAAUGUCCGACGGCUCAUGGCCAAGGCCCUGGCAGUGCCCAUCACGGACUACUCGUUUGAGGACUGCCAGCUGGCCAUGGCAGAGGGCCAGCUCAGGCUGCCCGUGGACACGUGCCUGCUGGAGUUCGCCAAGCUGGUCAGGAGAUUGGGGCUCAAGCCCCGGAACGUGGAGAAGGUCCUGCAGGAGUACGGGAACCGGGCCAGGAAGCUGGACGGAGAGAAGCUGGGGCUGGAGGGCUUCUCCCAGUACCUGGACGUCCCUGUGUCCGACAUGCUGAGGGACAUGUUCGCCCUCUUCGACGAGCAUGACGAUAACUCCAUGGACAUCAGAGAAUAUGUCAUCGCCUUAUCGGUCGUGUGCAGACCGGCAAGAACUCUGGAAACGAUGAAAUUGGCCUUCAAGAUGUUCGAGGCGGAGGAGGACGGGGCGCUGACAGAGUGUGAGCUGGCCUGCAUCCUGAGAACGGCCCUGGGCGUGGCUCACCUCCGCGUGACUCGCCUCUUCAGCGCCAUCGACGUCGACGACACGGGCAAACUCACCUUCGACAAGUUCCGGAGCUUUGUGGCGCUGCACCCGGACUUUGCCGAGGAGUAUCUGUACAGGGACAAUGCAAGCCUCCACAGCUGCGGCCACCACACCAAUCCAAGCCCCUCAGCCAAUGGGAUCUGCCCUGACUUCAGCCCCAGCGACCACACUAGCGCCAGCAAGCUGAAGAAACACAACUGAGCCAACAGGUUUUACCAAGAAGCCCCCUCUCCUGGAGAGAGCGUGGUGGUGGGGAAUGGUGUCAAGGGCCUGAGCUGUGGCUAGUCAGUACCACCAGUAUAAAGUGUACCCCCUAUUGUUUCUACAAGUAUUAGAAAAUGUUAUGCUGUUAAUUUUUUGCUUGGUGAUCGAAACAUUUAGUUACUUUUCUUUUUGUUUUUUGUUGUUUUGGAUUUUUUUUACAUUUUGUAAAAGUUCGAUUUUGUUCUUGGAAAGGAACAUUUCACAAAGCCAAAUGGGAGGCACUCCAGAUACAAUGCUUAAAUACUUGAAGGGUGAGCACUUACUUUCUUUCCUUGUCAUCCAGGGGGUUUAUCUUAGACUGGUCCUGAUGCUGCAUGUUUGUUUAAGAUAUAUACAAACGAGGGAAGCAACAACAACAAAAAGGCUGUAGUCAGUGAAGUAAACCUUUUUUUUUUUUUUGGUCAACUCAGUGAUUGUUUGUUUGUUUGUUUGUUAUCCUUCUUAUUCUUUCUAAUGGUAGUUGCCUUUUUUUAUGAAACAUGAGCAGCAGUGUUUGAGGAACUUAAGGGCCUUCAGAGCACCAGUGACAAUUUUCUGACCAAAAUCCUCGGCAAGGAUUCAAACUUCUCAGAUUUGAGGUGCGAUAGGACGAGAGACCACAAAGGAACUGGUUGAUUCAAUAUGAGCCUGUUAUAUAUAUAUAUAUAUAUAUAUAUAUAUAUUUCUUUAGCACAGGGUUCAGUAACAAAAAAUUUAACUUGUAAGAUGUCAUCACAUGACAAGUAUGGUUUUUCCUCCUAUUCCAAGCAUGUUAUCUUCCCGCUGGGCGUUCGAGCUCUCCUUAGAGCACAUCCUAUUCUCUUCACACAAUCCGUCUGCUCCCAAACUCUAUUUUUUCAGUCAGAUAUGCAGAGCUUAUUUUUCAAGAAAAAAAAAAGGAUGAACAAAAAAAAAAAAGUUAUACUGGUAUGGACCAAAAUAAAAUGUUCAAAGUGGCGGGUGAGUGUGAGGUUAAGUUCAGUUGGCGGUGUUGUCCUAAUGAACCAGUGGUGUAUGGCUUUAAAGGGAAGACAUUGUUUAUCAUACUGUGUACCUCAGGGUGCAUUGUUGUCAUUUUCAUGGUUUGGUGAUCACCGAGGUCCCAGACUUAGUUUCUCUCAACAACAGCUCCUUUCAGCUAACACAACCUUCCUCCUGCCUUACUGUACACUGCAUGUGAGACACCAGUAACCAGCCCACGUUCUCACCCUCACACGCUCCCUCCAAAUAAUACACACUUUGUCUCAACUGCUCAUGAGUGGAGAAGCCAAAAUAUUUGAAAUGAACAUCUCAGAAUUAAUUUUUUUUUUUUUUUUUUUUUUCAUCUUUUAGAUAUGUCGCCCUAAAGUAUUCGUUUUCUCUCUCCAUCGCGGUGCUGACUUUGAUGUCUUCCUCAAUUUUGUUGAAAUAAAGGACGGUGGAGCUAAGGAGGUAUCCUCUCAUGGAGGGAAACGAUCGCUCUCUAGAAGAGGCAUUUGUAAUAUCUGCUGCCUGCACCUUUUAAAAUGCACCUUCACAUCUAGUUUAAGCCCAAGGAUUCAUAUCGGUGGAGGGGGGGGGGGGGUUAUUUUAUGAUUGGCAUGAUAUUGCCAAUGUGCCCAUAACUUUACUGGGUAAGAUAUUCCUUAGUCAUAGAUUAUGGCCAUGACGUUUUGUAAUGCACAUAGCCACAUAAUUAUUGUCCUAACCUUGCGUAUACAUCUAUAGCAUGCCAUUUUAUGUUUGGUUUUAUGUAUGGAUGUGCAGCUAAUUGCAGUUAAUUACUGUACAUGUUUUUUAGAAUGUGCUAUAGCAUUGCCUAUUUUUUUCAAACAUGACCAGGUGUUGUAUGUAUUUUAACUCUUUGCCGACAAUAUUUUAAAUAACAAUUGUUACAAUUUGACAUGAUUCAAAAUAGUUUAGAGAUUUAGAACUGUUUUAAAGCUCACGUAGAGGAGCUCCGCUCCUGUGUGGUUGUGACGCACACAAAAUGUUGCUUAUUUCAAUCAUUGGUGGACAAUUUAAGAAAUGUAAUUCCAGCCUGUUGUCCCUCCCCUAACCUGAGGUAUCCACUCAUCCAUGCGCCAACCCUUUUCUUCUUCUGUGGUGGGUUGUGGGCCAAGUGGCCACCUGGGUCACAGGGGGUAGCACCAUGAGGGAAGAACCUCCUUCACACUCGCUCACCUUCAUAAAGCUUUGCCCGCCCACCCGGUGGCGCCCCGCCCACCCGGUGGCGCCCCGCCCACCCGGUGGCGCCCCGCCCACCCGGUGGCGCCCCGCCCACCCGGUGGCGCCCCGCCCACCCGGUGGCGCCCCGCCCACCCGGUGGCGCCCCGCCCACCCGGUGGCGCCCCGCCCACCCGGUGGCGCCCCGUGUGUGAAGGGGUGUGGACGAGGGCCCACCCCGGGGAGCAGUCUCCCAGUGAGAGGGGCGGGGCCUCUGUGAUCUCCCCUCGUGCUGGUGAGAUGUGAACAGACGGGUCACUGGAACGUCGUUGAUCUGACACACUGUCCUUGUUCCGCACAGUUUUUUAUGGCUUUGAAGGAACCCAAAGUAGAGAUAAAAGGGAAAAAUAGACAACAUUCCGUUUCUGCUGAAGGAACCCUGCCGUCUGAAGUGAACUAGUAUAUUUGUAACGCUUCUACAUGGAUCUGUGUAUCUACAAUUAGAAUAUCACAAAAAAAGUUUAGUUCCACAUUUUGUAUGUUUAGGGGUUUGCCACCGUAGCUUCUGUGAGAUUCAUAACCAUCAAAGCCCAACAUGGAUUUUCAGUGAAGCAAUAUUGAACAUCUUUACCUUUUUCCAGAUAUCCUUUUAAAAGAGUUCCGAUAUGUAUUUUGAAUAUUCCAAAUGCAGGGCAUUUAGGGAAUUUUUGAUAUACGUAUAUGAAUAAUUUUUUUGUUCACUGCCAUGAUAAAGAUCUGCGAUCUCCGAGCCUGUAUGGACUGUAUUGACGAUCUAAUUAAGCCUCGUUCUUCUCCUAUUCCUUUGUAAGAUGAUUGUUUUGUGCUGUAUUCCUCAAACAUAUUUGAAAGUGUAUUGCUGUCAAUAUUAUUAUUAUUAUUAUUAUUAUUGCUAAGUUGAUUGCUUAGAAACUAAAAUGCAGAUUUCAUAUGGAAACCGAUAGCCUUGAAUCUAUAUGAUUUUUAUGAUUGAAUGAGAAUGUAUAGACAAUCAGAAACUACUAUAUAUAUAUAUAUAUAUAUAUAUAUAUAUAUAUAUAUAUAUAUAUGCGCUAGUGUACAGUAACAAUGUACUUAAAACUCAUCUUUUCCAUACUGUAGGUUUUGUAUCUUGCUCCUUUGAGCUCCACACCAUCCUUAGUUGAAGCUACAGGUUGAAUCAAGAGGUGAGGGUUGCGUGUCAAGCCUUGACGUGCUGUUCCGAAACACGUAUGACAGGCCUGACGUCCCACACCGGCCUGUCACAAGGUCGAAUCAGAUUCGAUGGAAGUCCUAUUUUAUCCACACUCCCCAUGAAUACAUUCGGGACCGUUUCUAUGUAUUUGUGUUUGCACUUUAGAGCUUUUCGUCGCUUUCUUUUUCUUUGAUCUUUUCUAUGAAACGGGACUGAGAAGGCUGUCUGCAUGUCACUGCUGGGCUCCGUCGCAGCCCCACAGUGUGUUCGGGUAGUGCUCGUGUUCAGAGCUGUUCUCUAAAUGUUACAGAAUAGGGAGACAAGAGAUCUGACUGUGUACAGCAGUGUUAUCUCAGGAUAGUGACAAUGCUGUCACUUGACUUUGAAGACUGGAAGAAGAGUUAACCCUCUCGUUUAUUUACGGUCUGAGCUAAAGGAAUGAGUACAGGAUUGAUCCCAGCCCCUUGUACGGUACAUAAACUCGUAUUGUAAUUGACAAACCGUGGCUACCAUGUCAAGUUCUUCGAAUGCUAAAUGCUUGUGAGCUCAAACAAAGACCGUCGAAGGCUGUUAAAUAACCCGAAAUACGGCUGGAAUGUCAAGAAAGCUGUGAAAUAGUUAGAUUUGUCUUGGGUUGCCUGGAAUUUUGGGAGUUUACUGAGGGAAAACAGAAUUGGGUUCAUCCUUUUCAUAAUUUACCGCUCGCUCAUGGUGUCGGUCUUUAGUUUUUCAAAUACCUCAAACACGGAAUCAUUCGCUUUUAUAUUAUUAUUGUUCCAAACACGACCUGUGAGAGCUAACGCUGUGUAUUCUCAUGCUGCCUACUACCUGGCCAGUGUCCCGCAGUGAACUGAAGACGAAAGACUUCCCAAGUGAUCUCGAUCCACCUUCGAGUGAUACCUUGUCUUUCCGAUGGUCCACUGCGCACGGCCGUGUCGCUGAACUUCCUUUUGCUCCGUAUCUUUGGUUUUUAUUUGACUUAAAAGUCAACGCUUUCCUUUUUAAUAUAUUCGAGGAGUCAUUUCUGCGAGCUACUUUUGAACUUUGUCUGUUGGAGACUGCUGUAUGAAGAUAUAACUUGUCAAUGUGACUCUUUUCAUAAUAAAACAUGAGA